AUGUCGCUGUUUUGCUGCGAUGGCGGGGGUCCUUGUGCGCAAAGUUCACGGAUGAGGGUGGAAACCAAUGGACCAGCUCCAAUCGUACCAGACUCUUCACAACCCAGAGUGAAUACGCCGUUGCCGAUGCUCCAAGACUGGGACAAGCUAGGGGCAAGGGAAAAAGAGGUUGUGCAAGAGAAGCUGGAAAGUAUUGUAAAUGCCUUCGCACGUGAGCUUACGAGGGGCAAGGUGUUCAUGAAGUUAGGACGCAAUGGGCGCCUGUUCUAUCGUUUAUGCACUUUAGACAAGCAGCUAACAGCCUUCUCCAUGCACAUCAAGGGUGCCAUCGUUGAGUACCCUUUCAGCCAUAUGCAGCACAUUAGCUUUGGCUAUGAUUUGACAGACUUUACGCACGUGCCUGUGUCUUUGCCUUCAGAUGCCCUUGCAGCUGUCAUUGUCAUGGACAAUCGGCGGAUGAAUUUGGUCUUCUCCUCGCCAAUGGAGCGAGAUGAGUUCGUCACAUGCAUGCUGGUCUGGGCAGUGGAGACCAGAGCCACCAAACUGCAUUAUCGCGAGAAGGUCAAGGAGGUGGUUUUUGCAGCGACAGCUGUGAAGCGCUCGCAAGAAACAUCACUUCGAUUUCACAUUUUCCGUACUGAUAAGCCUUUGAGCCAGGCAGAAAAACGGAGAGGAAUACAAACACUGUAUCCCUUUGGAAGCAUUGAGAGAUUGCGACCUGCGGAUCUCCUAAAGCUUGCAGAAGGUGGGGCACAAGCACACAUCAAGAACAAGAUAUUGUGGGAAAAACUGGAGAAGCUGUUUGUUGUACAUGGCAAAGUACUAUCAAUUGGUGAGCUUGCGCGUGCAAUACGCUCUUUUGCCAUGAGAGAUGCUGGAGAGCACAACGUGAAACCUUCGCCACCAACACGAUUGCUCCGAUUGGCUUCACAUCGCUUUGACCAGGAGGUGCGAAACUGCUCUCUUGAGGAGUUGGCUUCUGCGCUGGAGGCAUUUGGUACUCUUUCAGUGCGGGAUGUGAAGUUUUUGCGGAGAUGCUCCACUGCUCUUGCGAAAGUUUGCGAGGAACAAGACAUGGCAGAGAUCCUGCCGAGUCAAGUCUCUAGGCUGUGUUCGGGCUUGGCCAAACUGAGGUGGCCUGACGAGGCGGCAUUGCAGUUUGCUGUCCGCUUCGUGGUUGAAGCCAUGCCCGAGGUCAACGUUAGAACUCCCGCGGCAAAGAACGCGACUGUGAACCUCUUUCAGAUUCCAGACUUCGAGCCUGAACAGAAGCCUGUGGCCUUGAGAGAGGAGGACCUCGUGCAAAUCUGCGAGGCAUUCUCCGUAUUGGAGGUUUGUGCAGAGCCUCUUUUUGCUGCAGUGCUCAGGGAUGUGCUGAGCCCAGAAGGUCGUGGACAAAGAUUUCCGCGGACAUGGGACUCCAAUUCCUUGCUUGGACGUCUUGCUUUCAGCCUUGCUAGGUUGGGCACAGUCCAUCCGCGUCUCACCGCACUUUGGCUUCGUGCUGUCCGAGCUGAAGAUCGUAGAACCAGCCCCAACGAAGUCCAACUCUUUGAGGUUGCAAAAACCGCAAGCAGUCUUGGUGCUUUUCACCGGGAAUUGCAUUUUCGCCUUGGCCGUCGAAUUCGUUCUGCACUGCGCUUGAGUGCUGAAAUGCAUGCCGUGCCGCAGCUUGCUUUGACUGACAAACCUGGAGGCUCAGACGAGCUCUUGAAAGUCACCCAAGUUUGCACUGCUACACCACUGGAUGCUGGGAGAAGACCUCCUGCAAGGAAGCUGAAGGUAGCAUUGCGCUGCUUGGGAGCACUUUCAUGUGUAGAUUAUGAUGAUUUGCGGCCCGUGUUGCUGGCAGCUGCCAGACAUGCGCAUGAAGUCCCAGGCAAAAAGCCAACGGACCGAACGGUGCUCUUGCCGCUACUUUCAAUCUGUUCGAACCUGUUUGCAAAGGAUGACUGGCCUUGUCCGGCGCACUUGCUCUUUGAUCAACUAGACAAGCAGGUCACAGAGUCUUACACAACUGCAGAGCUUUUGGAGCUGCAUCGUUGCAGUGCAUUGACCUGGGCCCAGGACCAUCUGCAUCUUCCAGGUUCUGGACAUGGUCAUGUUGGUCAUUUCGAUCAAAACUGUCCAAGAUUAGCCAAAGCCUUGCGGCAGCGCCUCUAUGGAAUCACUGUGCGUUCAUCAGGUGAGGACUUCGACAACGUGCAGUUGCGACAGCUUGCGGAUUUUGCGGUUGUAGUUGAGGCGCUUCGUUCGCUGUCCCCUGAUGCCAUUGGAGUAGCAGAGGAAGAAUCUGCUGUAGUCGCUGGACGAACUCUUCGGGUCAAACUUGCGUCCCAGCCUGCACUGGACCUAGGCACUGCUGUCUCCUUGGCUCAGUGGUACGCAUCGUCUCCAGUUCCCUCGUCUUCUGCUGCCAAACAAUGCUGCGACAAUUUGUCGGCAAAGGUGGAACUGUUGGAUGCUUUGAGGCUCAGGCGUUCAAUAAUUGCCGCCCUGCAGGCAGCAAUUGGACCGACAGCAUCAAUUUGGAUCCCACUCCUCCGAGACUUGUUGAAAGAGCUUCGAAGGAAGACUUACCUGCAGCGAGCUGAGGAUUUGCUCCGAUUGACUACUCAUUUUCUGAAGGCUGCAUCAGCUGCAUCAGCGAGGAAGCGGACGCCCAAGCGACCAAAGAGAUAUCCGAACCCUCUGCAGCUGGUUGGUCGCGCAGGUGCGCUGAUCGUCAUGAAGAGGCUUGUGAAGCAUAAAGCGCUGCUUUCCCAGGUCUCAACUUCAGCUCUUCAGGAGACCUUGGCUGUAACAUCGAAUUUGAGCCGAAAGCGAGACAAAAGAAGAACCAAGGUUCAAAACUUUGGAGAGCAUGUGUUGACGAUGCCUCCAGCGUUGCUUCCAGACAGCUUGCCAUGGGUUGUGACGACCGCAUUUCCCAAGGCUGAUCUUGAUCUUGGACUUCUGCCAUUUGAGAGAUCUGGAUGCUUUCUUGGGCGGUGUUCUUGCGGACAUCAGCGCAUGUGUUCACAGUUCAUGCAAGAUUUGCAAUACCAGGCAGUUUUCCGGAUGGCUCCUCGAGAUAGAACUCUUCGGCAAAAGCGUGGCCUGCAAAGAUCCCCUUUCACUUUCUCAUCACAUCCUAUCAUGUGCAGUACUUUCAGUUAAAUGCCUCUCUCCACUAGAGCUAUAAACUGUAAGCCCUUUAACUUUGUUUGGGAUGCUUGUGAAGCUUUCGUGGCUUGAAUAUUUGCACACACUUUCCGCAGCCAGUACUCAAGGGUCACGUAGGAUCGAUGGGAAAUUGUUGUGCGCAGGACUGAUGGCAGCCGGACAUGCUUUACUGUAAGUUUUUUUGAAAAUAGUUUUCGACAUGCUUUAUGAAGAACAACUUUGACGAAAGUAUCCUCUCUGAGUCUCUGCCGCAAAUCCCAAAGCUCAAAAUGGGAGCGAUGGCCGGAUAAAAUGGAUGUCCCCCGUGGUUUGCAUAGUGACAUAGCAUCUCAAACACGG